AUGAGUUCAAUAGAAGAAACCAAAACUAUUCAAACAUUGUUUGGAUACCAGCAUUCAUUUAUAACUUUCAAGAUCAUUUCAACUGCUUGUGAACUGGGUGUCUUUGAUGUCCUGAAGGAAUCAGGGGAACCGCUGUCUUCCACAACUGUUGCUGAGCGCUUGAGCACCAGCCCCACUGGGAUGCAGAGGCUGCUAGAGGCCUGUGUGGGGUUAAAGCUCCUGACACUGGAGUGGAAAGAUGGCAAAGAUCUUUAUGAAAACACAGACAUUACCAAUCUCUACCUGGUCAAAUCAAGUCCAAAGUCUCAGUAUUAUUCCAUGAAGUUUUAUUCUGAAGUUAUGUAUCCAUCAAUGCAACAUUUGCCUGAUGCUGUGAGGAAAGGAAAUAAUCAGACUUCAUCAAUAUAUGGCUGUUCCAACAUUUUUGAGAUCAUUUACAGAUCAAAGGAAGAGUUACAAACCUCAUCCGGUUUUCUUAAUGAGCACUGGCCUGUCCUAGGAAGAGAAGUGCUUUCUGCCUUUGACCUGUCCCAGUUCCCACUCAUUUGCGAUCUGGGUGGAAACACUGGUGGCUUAGCUAAGGAAUUGAUUUCACUCUACCCAAAAUGUUCUGUGACCAUUUUUGACCUUUCUAAACUAGCGGAAGCCUUUAAGAAUAAUUGUUUGCCUUCAGAAGAGUCCAGGAUCACUUUCCAUGCAGGUGAUUUUUUUAAAGAUCCCAUUCCUGAAGUAGACCUGUACAUUUUGGCCAGGAUUCUGCAUGACUGGUCGGACGAGACCUGUUUGCAGCUGUUAUGCAAAGUUUACCAGGCCUGCAAACCUGGUGGCGGUGUCUUAAUAGUUGAAAUACUUCUUGAUGAAGACAAAAGAGGACCUUUAGCAGCCCACUUCUACUCCUUGUUAAUGUUGAUCCUGACUGAAGGGAAAGAACGAUCAGCAACUGAGUUUAAUGUGCUCCUCCGCAAAGCUGGUUUUCCAAAAAUUGAGUUGAAGAAAGGAAGCCUCUAUCAUAUUAUUCUAGGAAGAAAAUAA